AUGUUUAGAGGCUAUUCAUUAAUUAGCACUAUAUUAAGUGGUAUAACAUUAAUUUUUGGCAGUACUCUGAUAGUCGCUGGAUCGAUUUGUACGAGUGAUACAUAUUUCCUUCGACAUGGAUGGCAACAGAUAUAUGCAUUAUCAAUUUGUAGUAUUAUAGUUGGCGUUUUAACUUUUGUAUUUGCGGCUGGCCUUUUAUAUGUUGUCAAUCAUAAACUUCCAGCAUUGACAACAGUCAUUUCAAUUUCAAUUCUAGUUGUUUCUGUUUUUGCUGUAAUCUGUCUUAUUAUUCUUGGAGUAGGCAUUGGUGAUCUUAAACGUCAUACGUACAACGAAACUCAGAGUAUCCUUAAUAGAUAUUCCACUUUAGGUGGAGUCGUUGGUUCGCAAGAAAUCGUUGGUAGAAUUCAAGAAUCAUUCGGAUGUUGUUCUGUUAACCAAGUAAACAAUAGAGGCAUUGCAUUAUCCAAUACAUUGGCUACUAAGAAUUCAUGUUGUUUUACAUUAGUUUCAGACUUUAAGAAAACUGCUGUUCUCACAGUAGAACAAAUCCAGUCGAAUGGUUUUUCUCAACCAAUUUUCUAUUAUGUUCGCAAACGAUAUAUUAUACUUAUUACUCUAAAUACCAUAGUUACUAUAUUAUUAUUGGCUACUGCAAUAUCUGGAUUAAUUUUUGAACAUGAUAUUCGACAGCAGUAUGUACUGAUGUAA